AUGAAAAUUCACUUCAUAGGAGAAGAGGGCUUAGAUGCAGGUGGCUUAAGCAGGGAGUUUUUCAGCUUGUUGUUUAAGAACAAUGACCUUUUUGAAAAUGGAUCAUUCAGAUUAGAUUCAGGUCUGCUUGAAAAGAAGACAUAUGUAACAAUGGGAAGAGCUACUGCGCGUACCAUCCUCGCAGGACACCCAGGCCGCCCAACAUGUUUGAAUCCAUUGUUGGCAAGCUUCAUUUGUACUGGUGAAGAACCAGAUCUAGCAGAUAUACCAGAUGAAUAUGUUGGAAGGCCUGAUGUGUUAGCAGCCAUACAAGAUAUCUCAACAGACAGUACAGGAUCUGGAGACCUUGUUCAAAGACAUGGUGAUUUACUUGGGCAGGCGGGCUUUAGAAAAGUUUUGUCAUCAUCAACCACCAGUGAAGCUGUACAUGCUCUGAAACGGCACUUCACCUUUUAUCAUGUGAUUGGACCACUUCUUCAAUUAAGACAAGGCAUGGGUUUGGAACUUCCUGGUGUUCAAACUGCCAUCCAGGGACAUGCUGAGGAGAAUAUAAAGUUCUUUACCACAUCUCCAGUGUACAAAGUUUCUUCAAACCGACUUACACACCAGAUGAGGGAAGAAAUGAUCAUGUAUAACUUUGGGAAAUUCUUAAAGAAAGCGGAACGAUUUAGUCUGUUCCUCUUUUUUGUAACGAUAUUCCCUGCCAAACUAAAAACACGUUCUGACGGAACAGAACUUGCUGGUACAGCAAGGACUGUUUUAGCACACGAGAAAGUCUAG